AUGGCCACGUUGGAGAGAAAACAGAUGGCUUCGACAACGUACAUACAUAGCGGUUUUGGUUAUGGAGAACGGUAUGAAGAUGGCAACCGCAUCCUUGAGUUUGCUGAAACCAAAAUCACCCCAUGUCAUCAUCCACCUACUAUCUACAUUUUGAAUGUCACUUGCAUUGUCAAGCCACAUGCUAUUGAGCAUCUCCACCCUGACAUCAUCAUCAUCAUCACCGAGUCAUGGCUUAGGCCAGAUCACCCUGAUGGUUUGAUCGCAAUAGAUGGCUACACACCUUUUAGAAAAGACCGCCCUGGCAGUCGGCGUUGA